AUGAAGGAUCUAUUGUGUUCCCCGUACGUUGUGGCACUAGGGGAGGUUGGUUUUGAUCGCACUAUCCCCAUUAAAUUAUGGAGACGCAAGGAGGGUUUUCGUCAGAUGCUUGCUCUCGUUCGGAAGGAUAAAGUUCUGGUGAUUCACCUACGGGGAACUCCCUCAGAUCGGAUUGGAAUGGAUGUUCACACUCAGAAGACAUGUGAUCCGAACCAACCCAUUCAUCUUCAUUGUUUUAUGGGAGACCAAGAACUUGCGAAAGAAUGGAUGGACUGUUUUUCCAACGUGCACGUUGUUUUCACAGGUGCUGUAGAACAUUUCGGCGCAGAUCAGAUCGCCGACCUUAGAUCCAUUCCUACAAGCCACAUUCUCCUCGAGACUGACUCGCCAUAUAUGAAGCCAGGUGGAGGAUUCAUUAACACCCCUGCGUUCAUAGGAAACGUCGCCACUCAGGUUGCAUCUAAGCUUGGAGUAACACUGCAGUACCUAUUGAAGGAAACUGUAAAGAAUGGUCGUCGCCUUUAUAAGAUCGAGUCUUUGACUGAACUCUAAUUAAUAGUUCCUGCAAAAGUGAUGGCCUGGGACUUAGUUACCGGUCACACUCAUGUUGUAGACUAUUCCAUGUCA